UUGAUCAUAAUUCAGUGAAAAAAUCAAAACCUUCUGAAAUCUUUAAUUCUGUGGAAAUAAAGUACAAUGAAAAGUAUGAGUGUAAAUCAAAAGCUUGGAAUGAAUAUCAUUUUGUUGAAUGUACUGUGGUACCAAGGAUCAUUUAUGAUAAUCCUGAAAAAGAGAGAACACCACAAUUUACAAUGAGAGCAUUACUCAAAGGGAUCGCAGAAACUGGUAGCCUUGACAAGCUGAAAAAAGAGAUAGAUGAUCUACAUAAAUGUACAGGGAAACAAUUUUUAGAUGAGUCUAAAAAAGGUUUUUUAAAAGAUGGUAAAUUUGAAAAUGAUAAAUAUCAUAGUGUGUACCAUACAACAAAAUUUGUUCCUCCAAAGCCUAGAGAGAGCGAUGUGAAUGCUGUUGCAAAGACAUUAAUUUUUUUAGCGAGAUACACUACAAUAUUUGGAAAAGAUUAUAAAUUUAACAAUGGACAGAAUUUCACUAGCAAUGAAGAUGUAGUUUUUGUUGGAUCUUUACUAUUAAAACUUGCUAAAGUGGUCGGAGGCAGCUUAUGUCCUGUAAGAGAUUCAAAAGAAUGGAAAGCAAAAUGUACAUGUAAAACUGAUUAUUGCUCUAAUAGAGGAGAAGCUUUUUCAAUUGUAACUGCAUUAGUAGACCAUAAUUGUGAUGCUAAUGGGAGAACUGUUUAUACAGAUGAUGUAAAUGUUAUUUUAUGCUUUGAUGCCUGUAAAGAAAAAUGAAGUGCUGUUUAAGUCACACACAUUUACAUUUUAUAACACUGAUUAUCAAACAAGAAGAGAGCCAUUACAGAAAAUUCUCAAUACUUAUUGUGAUUGUCGAGCUUGUAAGGAACAAUGGACAAAAGAUAUGUUGCAUGUACACUAUUUGUGUGGUAAAACACUCAAAGAGCAAUUGACAUAUGGUUUAAUAUCAUGUAUGAUGAAUUCCCGCUACAAAAUGAUGUUAAUUUUUAAAAGAUUACAAAAUUGUGAAGAAUUUGACAGAUUAUUCUGCAAUGAAAAAACGAUUACUAAACUCAGAGAUGACAUUAUACAUGUUUAUAAAACAUUUGGACAUCCUACUGCACUUAUUUAUAAUUUAUUAGGUUAUUUACUAUCAAUUUGUGACUGUCUUUAUGGUUGCACACUACCGAUACAAGCAUGUAAAAAAUCAUAAGUUAAUCUUUGUUUUGUUUUGUUUGCAAAGCAUGUGAAGCCUUCUAAGGAUUUUAAGUAUUAGAUAAUGAUUUUUUCUAGUUUUAAAAAUGCAUGUAAAGUUAUGCAUGAGGAAGUUGAUCAAAACAAGGUUUAGAUUGAUGUGCUAUUAAUAAACA